CUCGUAUUUUCAGUGACUUGUGAGCCUCACGUCGGCCACCGCCGUCUUCUCGUUUGUGGCGUCGCCGCCGUCGUCGUCGAGGCCAGGUUUGGUGCACGUGGACCGACCCGCUGCGCGCACGAGUCUUUUGAUUGCUCGAGCCCAUCGACAGCGAGGGCAAGGGCGCUGGGCAUCAGCUCGUGAGAGGGCCGCGCCCGACACCGCGCAAUGUGGAGGUCAUUGGCCUACUCUUUUUGACUGCACGGACCGAUGCUACAUGAACCGUUCUGCAUGCUCUGAGCAUCAGCCGACAUCGCACCAACACAAUCUCGCGAACAAUUAGUGACCGCUUGGAUGGAAACGCCAGAAGACACGGCCCGAGCCGUGAGCUCAAGCGCGAAUACCCCGACCCCAGUUCCUGAGACCGACCACCCAGCAGUUGCGCCGGAUGGUGCGCGGGCUGCUUCAGCUCGGUCCCGCCAUUUCGAUGUGGUCGACUUUUGGGCUCAGGACUGGGAGCUCAAUGAUGCUUUGGCACUCAUUACCAAUUUCGAGGGCACGCCGCUCGAGCGUGAAACGUUGCUUAACACGGUUUUUCUCCGCUUCAUGCCCAUUCUUGGUAGCCAGACCAUGACCAAUGCGCGACCAGCCACGGCCCUUCGCGCUUUAUACCAAGCCAUGGAUCGAUACCGGGAUGAUGCCGCUUGCUUGCGACACUGCAUCAAUUCACUCUGUGCAUACUCCACCGUCCACGCCAAUGUUUUGCCACUUGUCGAAAGCCGAACCCAUGUCUAUGUCGUGCGUGCCAUGCACGCGCACAGCUCCGAUGCCGAACUCGUCCAAAUGAGCCUGGCCACCCUCAGUAAUCUGGCUCUGCACAAACUGACCACUGAGAUCCUUGUCAAAGACGGCGUGGCUGAAGCCGUCAUCGCCGUCUCUGGGCACCACGAAGACAAGACCCCCAUCUUAGAAUGCGCCAUUACCUGCCUUGCCAACCUUGCCAAUACGCGUCAAGAAGUGGUCGCCCGCACGUUGCUUGAUUGCCAGGCCCAUGCACUGGCACUCCGGCUGCUCGAGCAAGACACAACCAUUGAUGUUUUGUUUCAUGCGGCACUCUGCCUGACCAACCUCUCCGUGUGUCCAGCCACACACCGCAUCCUCAUCCAAUAUCGUGUUCCCGCUGCUCUCAUCCGCGUACUUCGCGCCAAACCGGAACACGUGGCGCUUGCCGAAAAUGUGCUGGGUCUAUUGGCGCGGCUGGCACAGAGGGGACAUAUCAGCGAGUACAUGACAACGGAUCAGCUUCAGGUCAGCCCUGUUCGUGCAAAGCCUAGAAAACAGCAUUGUAAGCAGGCUCAUUUGGUUUUGCUUCGAGCGCUGCGGGUCUUUCGCGAGCGGCGUGCAGAUUUCAACGCCUCGCUUGUGGCGGCGUGCCGCCGACACGAUGAACACGUGACCAAUGCUUAUGUAAAGGUAUGGUUCUUGCUUUUACGAUGCACCACGCGCUCGUCUCUCACCGACAUCUGCCCCCACUUGUGGAUCGCAAGCAUCAUUUCGUGGACGGCCAAGCGCCAAUGUCACCACUUCACUUUGCCAUACUUGAAGGGGCUGUCGAAGUCGUCAAAACCUUGCUCUCCAGCCGCGCCCAGGUUAUGCCUGGACUUUUUCAAUGGCUGA